AUGAGGAAUCCGAUAGCGGUGGUUAUUCUCUUCCUGUUGGCCGUCUCGAUAUUUUGCGAUGGAACGACGAACGCCUACAACGUUCUAAUGGCCACCAUGGGUGGGACCAAGUCUCACACCAUACCUUUCGUCGCGUUGGGUAUCAGUUUGAAAACACGUGGACACAACGUGACCCUUUUAAGCGCAUUUCCGGGACCAGCUGCGAAUAAUGGGCUGCAGGAGUUUGUCCCUCCCAUUUUCGAGGCUUAUGUCGGGAAUUACACGUCCGAAUGGGAUUUGGUCGGUGCGAGGUUCCGGGAUGAAAUGCCCAUCUCCCCGUGGGACGCGAUGCGAUACGCCUGGGAGUCUUGCGAGGCGCUUCUUCGGGACGAAAUAUCGGUAGCCUGGCUGAGAAGGGGCAAAGCCGAUUCUCGUAAACGAUGGGACGUUGCCGUGGUGGACGGAGCCUUCCCCGAGUGCCUUCUUGGAGUUCUCCACGGCGAGGGCGUGCCCACCAUCAUGCUAAACACGCGCGUUAAAAUUAAAUGGCGUUGCGAUGUCCGGGCGCAGGUGGCUUUGUACAGUGGGUCGAUAAGUCGGCAAGGGAACCCAUCUCCAUGGUCCGUCACGCCUUACUUCGGCAAAUCCCUGACGCAAGACAUGAGCUUCGUUCAAAGGAUCCUGAACGCCGCCUGCCUCGUCAGUUUGAGGAUAAUGCACUGGUUCAUGAUCACCGGAUACCUUCAACCGGUUUUGAGAAAGUAUCUAGGUAGUAUCGAUGCUUUUACUUCUCGAUUUUACAUCAUUUCAUUCAUUCAUCACGACGACUUUUUCUCCUCCUUUUCUUCUUUUUUCUUUCUGGAAAAGAAAAAUAAAAAAGAGAAAACUCGUUUCACAACAGGGAAUCAAUUACCCGACGUGCGAGAUCUGACCACGGAGAUCCCCCUGACAUUGCAGAAUAGUCAUUACAGCGUGGCCGACUCGGUCCCUUACUUGGCGAACGUGGUGAAUGUCGCGUGCCUCCAUUGUAAACCCGCGACUCAGCUUAGUCCGGAUUUGGAAACUUUUUUGCAACGCGGUGAGUAGUUGUUUC